GCCUUCAAAUAUUCUUUUGGUUUAUUAGUUGCUAUAUUUUCUGGUCUUCAACGUCAAUUUACUUCAACAUAUAUAAAUGAAAUACCUAAUCCAUUUUUUUAUGCAUGGAUUCUGAGUCAAAUUGUAAAUAGUAGUUUUAAAUUUGCAUGGGAUAUAAAAAUGGACUGGGGAUUUUUUGAUCAACAUGCUGGUGAAAAUUGGUUUUUACGCGAUGAAAUUGUUUAUCCACGACGAUUAUAUUAUUAUCUUGUAAUUAUAAUUAAUUUCUUUCUUCGUUAUUCAUGGAUUAUAAGAGUUUAUUUAUAUAUACAAAUCAAUUAUAUUGAGCAUCUUGAAUUAAUUGUAUUUAUAUUUGCUUUAUUAGAAUCAUUAAGAAGAUUUAUAUGGAAUUUUUUUCGAUUAGAAAAUGAACAUUUAAAUAAUUUUGGACAAUUUCGAGCUGUAAGAGAUAUAUCAGUCAAUCCAAGACGAUUAUUAAUAUCGACAACAGAAAGUGAACAUUUGUUGAAUGAACAUGUUUCUUAA